GGGAAGGGGAGGGGAAGAGGGGGCGCUGGCAUCGGACAGUCGGUGUCGCGCCAGGCCCCCGCUAGCGGCUAGCCAAGCAAGCAGCAAGCAGUCGCAAUCCCGUCGCCUAACCAGCAUUGCUCGCCUUACCUUUUCACCCUCUUACAAAAUCGCAUUCGAGGCUUCCGUCAGCUGCAUAUAUUUGCCCCAUUUCAUCAACCGGUCCCUCCGACGUCGUCCGUCGUUGCACGUCGUCGCCAUUGCCGCCGCCACCGCCGCCGUUGCCGCUGCUGCUACUGCCGUCGUCAUCGUCGAACACGCAGUACGUCGUCGUUAUUGCUCUCGCAAUCGUCGUUUAGUCGCGCGUGGUUUCUUAGCAGCGGCCGUACUGAAGGGAAAAGCGCGAGCGAAUAUAUAAAAAAUAUACGGAAUUCUUUUGUGAUCGAGUAAGCCGAUUAUGAGUUGGAACAGUGCAGCAGUUCACAGCAAGCACGCAUCAUCCGGGCCAACGUUGUUCAAGUGAGAAAACAAGUUUUCGUGGUUUUUGGUGUCGCGAGAUCCGGCUGAUCGACCGGAACUGUAUGGUGAGAGUAGUAAAACGGAAAGUACCUUUUUCGCCGUUUCUUCUAUCUUUAGUGAGGAAGAGAGCAAGUGCAGCGUCCUUAAAAGCUAUUAAAUUCGCAGAUCGUAUGUUACACGUUCAAAGGACAAGCCGUGUCAUUGUUGAUAUAAGUGCUAACAAAUAAGAUAUAUAUAUAUACAUAUAUAUACAUAUCUUAUAUAUAUAUAUGUAUCUACUAUUGGUGUGUUGUUCGUUACCACAGUGAGAAGUUGUAAACUUCAGAAGAACCAACGAGAAGGCUCGCCGACCGCCUAACCUGUCACGGUGACCGACAUCACGGCGAGAUCGCGGCUGAUACCUCCGCGUGUUCCGGCGCAAGAACAGCAGAAUCCGGAGUUCGACCGCGGGAGGAACCAGGAGUGCGCCGAAUAAAUGACGUAAAUCCGAGGAACGGAAACGCAACGUGACUUGCUAACUCGCAACCCCCCUUCCCCCUACCGAACCUCCCCCAUUCUGUCUUUCUCUUUUACCGUUUCCACGUUUCUCCUAUCCCACCCCCCUUCCCUUUGCCCGAUCCAGCACACUACCACGGCCCGACCCUUCCAUCGCAUACGAUCUCCACGAUCCGACACACAACUGGACCCCUGACCCCCUGCCUCUUUACCCGCUUUGUCGCCUACCGCCUUCUUUCGUGCUUACUCUCAAAUCUGCUCCAACCUUCGAGUCUUCUUCUCCCUCCGUUUCUUUCCAACGUUUCGCUCCGACGUUCUCCUCCGAUCCACCGUUCCUCAGCGGUAUCACGUCACCGUUGCUCCUUAUCUCACCCCCUUAUCUCGCCCCCUUCUCCAAGAAGCGCAACCGUGGCUAAGGUGAUCUUUCCGAAAAAUUCGAGAGCUCCGUUUUCUCUUACGGCCUACUACUACUACUACUAGUACUACUACUAUUACUACUACUACCUCCUUGGAGUCGUCCUUCCUCGUCCAAGUAGACUACACACAAGACACGCGUUAGCUUCAGAACCGGCUUGAAGGACACCACGACCGGCUUUUUGACACACACACACCUUUCUCUCUUUAUAUAUAUAUAUAUAUACAUAUUAUAUAUAUAUAUUAUAUUAUAUUAUAUAUAUAUAUAUAUAUCUGUGCAACAAAACUCGAAUGCAGCAACAAUCAGCCUAUAUACUCGAUAAAGAACAAAAUCAACGCGUUCCUAGAGAGCAUACACUCGUUGGUCGACGUUUAUAGCUUCUCGAAGGCUUUCAAGCUUUGCCCAAACUACUACUACUACUUGCUCUAGUUGCUAAAGCGCCCUCCAAAGCUCUCCGAGUGCAUCGUGCGAAGAUAAAAGGAAGAUCGAAGCAAGUCGAAUAUCGGUAGGAAGAAUCGAAAAAAGGAGAGAGGAUCUUUCGUGCGCUAGCUUGUCUCUAGAGGCAAAGCAGGUCGACCGUGGCAGAAGCUCGACGCAAAACGCCUAAAAACGCAGAAGCCAGAGCGCCUAAUCGCUGACAAUAUACACGCAUAAAUAUCACCUCUUCUACUUCACUUUCUUUCACACUGUGAGAAUAUCUUCCUCCGUCAACUUUCCUCGAGUAGAAGGGUGCAACGCGUUCCUAUUCCAGCCCACCGUUUCUACGUGAAUCAUCGAAAGGGUCGAGACGCGACAAUCAACGUACACGUCUACCAAACUAGCUGGAAUUACAAAGUCUCUCGAAAGAAAGAAAAAGGAACGGAAACAGCUCUCUUUCUCUUUUACACCGCCUGGCAAGCACGGAGCUAACCGAAACUCGGUCUCUGCGUUACGACGACUGAACGUACCGCGAUCGAUAACAACCGUGUUUGAUAAAGAGCAGCAAGGCGAUAACGGUGUGUGCGUGUGUGUGUGCGUGUGUGUGAUCAUCGGCGGUCUAAAUAUAGUUUAGAAUUUCUCGUAGAACUGGCGCUGACAAUCGCAAGCCUUUUACGCUACGCACGGUGUUCGAUAAUACGCGACAACGAAUCAUAGGCAAUUAAAACAGAGGAAAAGAAAUCGAGAAAUUCGGAAAAGGAAAGGAUAAUCGAGAAGAAACGUGUAACGACGGGUUAAUUCGCGCUCAAACACACGGAUAAAGUAAAAUCUUCGUUACGUCGUCCGGUUUCCGCGAGUUUUGUAAUCGUGAUUCAUCUACAAGGAAGAUCGUCCGAGCUCUUGGAAGAUCAUCGACUCGUCACAGGACUCGUUCAUGGGACAAUAAGAUCGCACCCUACUGAAAGAAACACUUCUUGCGUAAGAUUAGCCGGUGCGAGUGAACAAGAUUAAAGAGUCGAGGCUACGUGGAAGAGCAGCAUACGGACAGCCACGGUUUACGGAGGAAGGAGGAUAAACUAGAGUCGGUAGAAAAAACCAGACUUUGUGUUAGUCCCUGCCUAAAGAAAGGAGUCCCGCGAUCUUCCAGGGCCAGAAAUUAUGGCAAUGGUCAACAUGAAUAACCUACUGAACGGCAAGGACUCUCGAUGGCUUCAGCUAGAGGUUUGCAGGGAGUUCCAGCGCAACAAGUGUACCAGGCCUGACACGGAGUGCAAGUUCGCCCAUCCACCAGCUAACGUCGAGGUGCAGAACGGACGGGUCACUGCUUGCUACGACAGUAUCAAGGGCCGAUGUAAUCGCGAAAAACCGCCGUGCAAAUAUUUCCAUCCACCGCAGCACCUGAAGGACCAGCUUUUGAUAAACGGGCGUAAUCAUUUAGCUCUGAAGAAUGCGCUCAUGCAGCAGAUGGGCCUUACACCGGCCCAACCAUUAGUGCCUGGUCAGGUACCAGCAGUGGAGGCACCGGCACCUCCGGCACCACACCAUCACCUUCAACAGCAAAUCCAGCAGCAACUUCUCGCUACCCACGCCUUUAUGGCGACGAAUCCGUACCUGACUGGUAUGCCUCAAGUUGGCAACACGUACAGCCCGUAUUUUGCGCCUAGUCCGAUCAUGCCAGCGAUCAUGGGCCCGGCGGAUCCAACAGGAGUCGGAAGCCCAUUAGGCGUGGUGCCGCAGACGGUGGCGAUGCCGCAGAAGAUGCCACGUACCGACCGCCUCGAGGUAUGUCGCGAGUUUCAACGCGGGGCGUGCAAACGCGGCGAGACGGAGUGCCGGUUUGCGCACCCCCUCGAGACGGUGCAGGCGAACGAGGACGGCUCUGUGACGGUCUGCAUGGACGCUGUCAAGGGCCGAUGCAAUCGGGACCCCUGCCGCUAUUUCCACCCCCCUCUGCACCUUCAAGCCCACAUUAAGGCCGCACAAUCUCGGGCUAGCAUUGCGACGGCGACUAUGCCGACGAACGUUGCGGGAAUGGGCGCGUUGGCUGGCGGAGUGUCAGGAGUGCCGGCAACUGCGGUUCCCGGAGGACUUCAGAGCGCCAGUAUAGCAAGCAUCGAACUCGGCAAGAAGCGGAUGCGCGACUCCAAUGAUGAUCUGCUAAUGAUGGACAUGAAGUCUGUCGGAUCGUUCUACUACGAGAACUUUGCCUUCCCAGGAAUGGUUCCGUAUAAACGACCGGCGGGCGACAAGUCCGGCAUGCCGGUCUAUCAGCCAACCGGCGCGACGACCUAUCAACAGUUAAUGCAGCUGCAGCAGCCGUUCGUGCCUGUGUCAUGUGAGUACACUGGAACACCACCCCUACCCACUCAAACCUCUAACCAAUCGGUCGUGCAACCCCCGAACGUGCAAAGCAACCACCACGCGGUGGUGGUUCAGUCCUCCUCCUCCUCUCAGGGAACCAGUGGCGCCACAGUGAAUAACUGCGCCGACGCCAACAAUGGCGUGCUGAUGGAUCCCUGCAACAAUCCACCGCCACCACCUCCAACCGCCGACAAUAACAGUAACAAUAGUAGCGGCAAUAACAAGCAGCCGAAUGCGACGCAGAAUCACGACGCGUCAGAAAACGCGCAUAACUCCCCCGAAUUGAAUCACGCGAGUCCCUCGACGAUUUCGCAACAACAACAACAACAACAACAGCAACAGCAGCAACACCAACAACACCAACAGGCGCAGCAUCAACAGCAACAAGCUCAGCAGCAACACCAGCAGCAGCAGCACCAGCACCAGCAACACCAGCAACAUCAAUUACAACAGCAGCAACAACAGAUACAGAACCAAUUGGCAUUGUCAGCUGCUUCCGUGCAGCCCGCGAUGAGUCCAUUGACUUCAGUCGCUGGUCUGAGCUCGAUGCCAGGCGUGGUUAACAUGGCCUCCAUGGCCUCCAUGACGAACGUACCAUCGGUCACGAAUAUGGUAUCGAUGUCCAACUACAAUGCCUCGAACGUGGCUGGGUUGAACAUGCUCAACAGCCUCGGCAUGGCUUCCGGAUUGCCUACGCACCUUGAUCCUGCCGCUCUCGCGAAAGAGGUCGCCCAGAAGAAUUACGCGAAAGCCAUUAAGCUGUCUCAGGCGUCGCAAUCUUACGGUAUUAAUCAGCUUACCGCCCUGAAUUAUACCGGUGUAGCUUUGAACAAACAAGCUCUGGUGAAUCCAGCCGCGGCAGCUGGAAGCGCAGGGGUCGCCGGAUUACCGGCGACAACGGCGACACCUAGGCCGGUGAUUCCGAACCUAGCGGGGAUUCCCGGCGCCUUGGCCUCUCCGCUUUCCGCUGGAAUUUUGGCCUACUCGAGACCACCCACCGGCGCUCCUAUCAAUCCUUACUCGUUGAUGAGGCAACAGAUCUUGCCAAAUCCUUACGUUCAAGCCUCGAUACCUGGGGUUCCUGGCGCUGCGGCCGCGGUCCAAGGUAAUCCUUACGUCCAAAAUCCCUACACGGUUCUACCGGGUGUCGCCAGCAUGCCUGGAGUCGCGGCUGGCGUCGCGGCGGCUGGUGUACCGGGUGUCCCACAGAUACCGCAGAUUCCAAAUCCGGCGACGAUCGCGGCGCAACCACAGGUUGCUAUUCCAGUCAGCUCGGGCGUGAUCAUGCAGCCGUACAAAAAGAUGAAGACCUCGUAAAUGAAUUUCGUCGGACGAUUGGAGAGGAGGCAACAUGUUUCUUCCUCUUCCACGUCUACGAACGUUAUGGUUCCUUCUUCUGGGUCCUCUGCGUCCUCUCUUUCGAAUGGGAACGCCGCGUGCCGACUCUUUCGGAUCUUCUUCGUGGUCCGGCGAUCUUCGAGAUAUCAGGGCCGAGGAGUUUUUUCGUGUGUGUUAAUUUUUAUUCGUUUGACGUAGCUUCGUAGAGUGAGUCGUAGAAUAUGGAAUUGGAUAUCGAAGAUUAGAUCAACGUUGCUGACCUAUUUUUUCAUUUACCGCGAAGGAUAAAUACGGAGUUUAGCUAGAUAUAAAUGUGUGUCGUUGUAGCGUACAAGGAAUUGAAUAUGUAAGGUGAACGCGACCGUUCCUGUUGAUGAAAGAGAGAAUAUACAGCGAGCGGAUGCGAAACGAGAAAUGAAACGUCGAAAUAAGGGAUGAGAAACGCGUAACAAAGAAAUAAACAAACAAACAAGAGUUCCGAAAAAUGUAGAUUCACUUUCUAGUCAGACAUUGUCGGUGAACAGUGCCUUAUCGACUCUAUUCCACUUGGAGCGUUUCGUAGAUAUGUGUAACGCUUACACGUGACGAAUAGAAAAUAACGACGCGAGAACUUUUGACGAAUACGAUUCAAUCUUUUUUCAUUUCUAACCCGUUUCGUUGUGGCGAAAGUAGCAAUGCCGAAACGUCCACGCACGGCGGUUCGAUUUGAUCGUUUCGCGUUUUAUUUUCCCCAUUCUUAUCUAUUAUUUUCUGUCUUGAAUAGAGCGACUCUACACGAAGACUUGCCAAUUGCACGAGCCAUCGGAAUAAGUUUUUAAUCGCGACUAUCGCUUCUUCUUAUUCCUCAUUUUUAUUUUCUUUUUUUUUUAAACACGCUCUAGCUGUAUACCAUUAAACGUAUAACGUUUCUUUAUUUCCUUUGUUUGUAGUUCCGAGAGGAGGAAAAAUGCGAGUGAUUUUACUGUUGUAGCGUACGUUAUUUGGUACGAUAAAUACUAGGAGUGAGACGAAAAAUUUGUUGAAAUUUAUACCGCGUGACACCACGUAACCCUUUGUUUUCUUUUGUUCAGAAUAUUGUUUCGUUUGUUAUGACCUAUCGAAGAAAGAAUAUCGUUCCUUCGUCAGAUCAUCAGAUUGAUUAUUGUAUUCUAUAUAUAUAUAGGUGUUUGUUCUAUAUUACGUAUAUAAUAUAUUCUAUAUAUUUUUUAUUUUCUACGUGAAGAUGGACGGAAGCGAUGCUCGGCCUAAGUCACGUUACGCGGGUACACGAAACUUGCCUUUUUAAGUCAUAGAAUAUUGUUAAUCCCGUUGUAAUCUUUUCGGUUGGCCUGUUGAAGCCAUUCCGAGUCGAUUACCGAUUAAUAUUAAUUUAAUUGCUUACGUGUUAUUAAAAGUACUGCAGUCCUACGUGAAAUAUUUACAGAGGCACCAGAAUUCGCGUACGCUGUAGCACAAAACUAUUCGGACAUUUGUUCUUUCUUAGUAAAAGUAACGUGCAAUAAUAAGAAAUUAUUUCCGGAUUGUUUAAUUCCUGAGCUGUGAGUUAGAGAAGAAAAAGUUUUAAAAUCAGAAUAUUUGACAAUUUAUGAGUUGUUGUAUUAACGCGUCUUGUUAUUAAUUUUAGUCUCAUAAGAUAAAUUUAGAAUCUGUCAGCUACCAGGAAAUUUAUAAUUUUAGCCACGUAUAUUUUCAAUAUUUGACGCGGCAACGAACAGAGCUUUUACCUUUGAGGCGAAAGUGUCUGAAUACGUAAAUCUAUCAAGCACGUAAGAAAAGAAAACGCUUGAAAAUCGCAGAUUUAACGGGAACUCACCGUGAACGAUGACACGCAUAAGUCGUAACAUUCGUUAUCACGAAUGUAGCCUAGCGUCAGAAAUAUGGUUGCCACUACGAAUAUUUCGCGUUAGUCUGCGUUCAAUCCUUUGUAGUCGAAGUCUGUGGAAUUUUAUUCGCUAUAUAUUGUUCGUUUAUCGUUUCUCAGAUUUUUAUUAUUUUUAAUUAUUUAUCAUAGGUUACUCUUAAAGAAACGGAGAGGCGGAGCGGAAAAGAAGGAAAACAGUGAGACAAAGAGAAACGAAUUUUCAUUCUUUACGAAUCUUACAUUUACUUUAGUAAGGAUAAUCGUACUUUUUCAGCAUCGUUUCGCCUUGAUAAUUAAAUCGAAUAACGCCGAUCAUUGAUACUUGAGACUGGUGUCAUCGGAAUUGUCACUGAAAUUUCUACCGAUCCGAACUCCGCCCUUUCCACUUAGUUUUAGAAAUUAAUUGCAACUAUUAUACUAACGUAUGUUUCCUAGAAACACCUUGCACAUCGAUGAGAUUGAAGCAGAAACGCCGUCGUGUUUCGGGCGAUACUUUUAAACGAUUAACGUACGUGCAUAGAUUUUAGCAAACAGACUUCGUCCUGUCUCAUUUUAUCUAGCGCUAUGAUUAUACACACACAGACACACACGCGCGCGCGCGCGCGCGCACGUACACACACCCACACACACACACACAUACACAUACACAUAUAUAUAUUUAUCUAUUAGUAUAUAACUGCGUGCGAAACACCUGAAGACAGUCUGUGCUGUCUUUUACGUAUUCAAUUCGGGGGAGUAUAAUUUGCAUACAGUGAACCUCGUCAAUUGCAACUCACGAGCUUAUGCAUUUAGCCGAGAGGGAAAAUGAAAAACGGAAAAGAAAAUAAACCGAUCGUAAGGAAAACACAAAAAGAGCGUAACGCGGAGUGAUACGAUAGAGUUAACGAAUGAUUAAGAGAAAAUCGAUUAAAAUACGAAAAAAAAAGGGAAAAAUAACAGAAAAAGACAUGCAUUUACGCGAUUAGAGGAUACGAAUAGAAAAAAAAAAAAAAAAAACAGAAACGAAACCACGCAUUAAGGAAAAGGCUGAAUUCGAGAGAAAAGAAGAUACAGAGAGGAAGAUGAGAGGAGGCUCUCGAUAAUUAUUGUAAGGAAGAAAAGAACAAAACAAAAAGAAAACACUUACACAAAAGAGAAACGUAUAUGAAACGAGUUCACAUGCGCAUUAAUGGUACACGACCGCACAAAAACGUUCAACAGAUACACGCGAGUAAUCGUCAAGAGACAAAGAAAUAUAUACAUUAUAUAUCUAUACAUGCAUACGCGUUAAAUAUAAUUAGCAUACAUAUAUACAUAUACGAUAUAUAUUUGCGCACUUCUUAUCGAACAGUAAUUAAUUCGAGUACAUGAAAGAGAAAGAUGACCGAAAAUGCGGUUAUGUUACGCGAAAAAGAAAGGAAAUAUCGCCCGCCGAUGAGUAAAAAAGAAAGGGUGACAGAGAUUUUCUCUGUCUUGCGUAUUCGCACUCGUGUCUACCAGUGAUUUGAAAGUUCGUUUAGUCGAAGUAGCGAUUACGAUGAUUACAAUGAUGAUGAUAAUGAUGACGAUGAUACGAUAAUAACUAACGAUGAAAAAAGAAAUAUAUAUAAAUAUACGUAUAUUAUAUUUAAACAUAUUGUAGAUCUAUAUAUGUGUGUAAAUAAUAAUUUUCUCUACGUACGAAGGAAUAAACAAGAGUAUAUUGUAUGUAUAGAUAUUCAUAUAUGUAUUGUAUAUAAGUACAUACAUAUUAAAAUAUUCACUGGCAUAUACAGUGAAGAGGAGAAAGAGGUUAAAGAAUCAGAUAAGAGUAGCCGUGGAGUACGUGGUACUAUGUGAUGGCGAUUAUUUAAACAAAAUUUCAAUUAGUAUUUUUGUAACCAGGAAUUAGUUUUCUUUAAUCCGUACACCAUUGAUAAUUGUCAAAUGAACUGUAAAAAAACAUUUUGUUAUUCUUAUUUUGUUAAAAGUUUAAAAAGAAAGUAGGAAGUUGUCGAGUAUCUCGAAGAGGAAAUUCUCGAACGCGUGUUCUCGUUUCCUCCCGGUUCCUUUCGUUUUGGCCGCGAAAUUUGAAGGCAAUUUUUCUGCUGCGAUUGAAAUAGAGUAUACUAUAUACAUACUUACAGAGACACAUAUGUACACACAGAACAUAUGCACAGAAUGUGCGCGCAAAAUACGACACGCACAAAACGUCGAGACGAUUCGUGGUCGAUUUUUACGGUAUCCUCCCAUUGCGGGAGCAACAUUGUUCAGGAAACACGGUCUUCCAUAGCGACAGAGUGUAAACGCGGUUAUUUUGUAUUGACGGACGAAGCAUAGACGAAGCGAUUGUCGUUAUUUUCGCGGCCAGAAGCGAAGAAACUCUGGAAGAAAGCAAAAUGAUAAUUCGUUGUGAUGGUACUUUUUUGAUGUACAUAUAACGCUGACAAAUACGUAUUCGCAGAGGACACGCGACAUGUAUACACGUACUCUGGCAUACACCUUGCCAUUUACAUCUUUACACACACAUACGCAUACACGUACACACGCACACGCACACAGAUAUAGAUGCAGGGUGUAUCUCGUAAAUAUCCCAAUUAGUACGUAGACGUAGAAAACUUUAUAGCGAGCAAAUCAAAAACCGCACUGGAAAAUUUGAAACUAAAGAAUUGUCAUGUAAUACUUUGUUUUUUUUUAAUACAUCAGACUACUUGUUUGUCUUAUCGAGAGAAACUAUUUUCUUGCUAAAAGAUUCUAAAACACGAUAGUUGAAAUAUAAAGACUUUCACACGACAUAUUGUAUCUUGCUGUAGCUACGCCAAGCCGAAUAUUUUCGUGCUAGUACCGUUAGAUACACCCUGUAUACAGAGAUACUCAAAUAACGUAUCGAUAAACACGGUUCGUGAACGAAUUCGAACGGCCUCGAAAAUGCCUCGCACAGAGGUUGCGCAUAAGUAUUGUAGGCGUAUUUCCGGUUUCUAACGAGUCACGCACAUGAACCGACAACUCUAGGGUUCCUCAACUCGCUGUUCACACUUGUACGUACACACCGAGAGGGUGGCUGGAUUUUUCCUAGAUCCUCAGCGAAAUUCUGGAACUGCAUCUUUCUGCGUAUCGGUGUAGAAAUUUCAAUAGUUUCGAAAUAUUCGAUAAUAAUUUUACAAAUCUUUUUCCUUCGUUUGUUUUCUUGCUUUUUCGAUACUUGUUCGAUUCGAGUCAACUUUUAACGGACAAUCAUCGAUGAAAGAAUACGCAGUGCCAAACUUUCCACGAGGUGUCGAUCGAAAAACAGCGCAAGUGCCUUCCCCUUGCACUCGUACACCGUUGCACACAAACGACACACGUGUACUAGAGUAUACAAGAGUAAACUCGAGAAAAACACAUUAAAAAAGCAUUCAACGUCUAAUAUACAUAUAUGAUACUUACAUGAUAUAUAAUAAUUAUAUUUAUAUUAAAUACGAACGUAAGCAUACCUAUCGAUUAAUGUUGCAUCUGCAUAGAUAUCGUGCAACGAAAAAACGUGGUCGGUAUAUGUCGCAAGAUAAUCGACCAUCGUUGCUAAGGUGGUAACCAUAUUAUAUUACGAACUAUGCCGAUCUAUUAUACAUAUAUACAUAUUAUACAUAUAAAAUGUGAAUUAAGGAUUAUAAACGAUAUAAGAAAGAAAUCCACGUUUCACGGCGUACUACAUACAGAUAGUAUUUAUUAUCAUGUACCGUUUUGUCUCUGAUGUUUUCAAUUAUACUUGUACGUUAUUUCAUGCACGCCACGUCGAAAAAUCGAAUGUCGAAAUAGUCGUGUAUGCAAUCGUCUGAAACGACGUCGGAGGAACGGAUCACAGUCUUUGACGCUAUUAACGUUAUACCAGCGACAACCUCGGGGACGUAGAGAGAAUGCAGAAAGAAAGAACGUAGAAUGUCGACGAACGAGAAAGAUGCGAUUUAACGAUUGUAAACGGAUUCGAAGGAUUUCUUGACCAUUUGUAUGCGUGUUGGUGUUCACCAAGUCACACGUGAUUAUGAUAUACAUAUACAUAUACAUACACAUAUACAUACACAUGGACACGUAGGUUCGCGUUGCACGAUAUCGUCACGUCCAUGAAAGCGAAACGAUAAUGAUAACCGCGAGACGAGAAAAUUCGUCCUAUGAGAAUAGAGGAGAGAAAAAGGAAAAAAAGAAAAGAACGACACGUCAUUCAUUUUCCAAUGUCGAGGAAUCGAAUUAACGGUUAUCGAUGGAUUAACUACGUUACACGUACAUACCAUAGAAUACGAUAAUACGAGUAUAUGAUAUAGCCGCGUGUAGCCUGCGUCGUCGACUCACAGAUAAACAGCAGAAAAAGAAUAUACACGUUUAAGAAUCGAGAGAAAAUAAGGGAUAGUAAGGAAAGAGAUAGUGUUAGGUAGAAAACAAUUUAAUACGAGAAGGAAAAAAACACGAAAUUUUAAGAGAACGAAUGAAAAUGAAACGAUGAUGCAAAUGAGUCUUCGAGGUCCCGAAUGCGUUUUUGCGCGUGCACGCUCACGGGGUUUGUCAAGGAGUCAGCCAGUAUUUGUAAUAAUAAUGCUUGAGAAAUGCAUGAAUAUUUGUUUUA